AAACUCCUCUUAUGGAGUAUCUUAAUUCCCACAACCAAAACCUUAUAAUUAUUACAUAUAUAAAUUAAUUCCUUAUAUAUAUAUAUAUAUUCUUUCUCUGGUGUCGUUUCACUUCCGCCAUGGAUUCCGACGACUGCGCCACCAGUCUCCGAGUCGCCUCCUUCGCCUGCUACCUCGAUACCGCCAAAGACACCACCGUCCAGGACACCCCACCAUUCACCAUCAAAUUCUCCGGCGCCGGCAGCAGCCACCUCCGCGUCGACUCCUUCUCCUACAACCUCGCCGCCGCCGCCGUAGACAACAACUUCGUAUUCGAAGUCCCGGGACCCAUCCAAGACCCGACCGCCGCCUUCACCUUCUCCCACCACGACAUCCCCAAAGACGGCGGCGAGAUCAGCGUCUUCGGAGCCCACAAAUACUUCAACACCAUCCCCGGAAACCACCCCGAUCGCGACCACCACCACCGCCGCCGCCGCAUGACGGCGGCCAAUCCCCUACCCGAAGUCCAUCCGGGCAGCCCGAGCCGCCAGUCCGAGGCCAGCAGCUGGAACAGCCGCUCAGCCCUGAUUGUCCCCGAAGCCGACGUAAUAAAAUCACGAAAUCAAUGUAAUACUAAUAAGCCGAGAAGAACAUUCGGGAGACGAAUCUUCACCGGCUUCGGCUGCAAAGGCCCCUGCUUCGCCAAGAAGUCCAUCCACGUCAGCGAAGCCGCCGACGGCGCCAAGCCGGCUCAGAUUCCCGACGACCCGCGCCAAUCAAUCGAAGUAUUUGGCGGCGCCGCCGCCAAACCUACAAAAUCAAAGGGCUUGUCCAAAAACAUAGCCGCCAAUAUGGAGAGACAGUUGUCAAUGCUGACGUGGGACGCCAUCCCCACCACCACCCCCACCGUCGCCACCGCCGCCGCCGACGACAUGGCGAGUGAAGCCAGUUCCGAUCUCUUCGAGAUCGAAAACAUCUCCGGCGCCGCUGCCGCCGGAAUUAUGAGCCCGGCGUCGCAGUACGCGCCGAGCGAGGCGAGCAUUCAGUGGAGCGUGGUGACGGCCAGCGCCGCCGAUUACAGCACGGUGGUGUCCGAUCACUACAACGGCGAAACUCCGGCGCCGGCGAAUCUAAUGAAUAAUAAUAAAGAGAAGAAUGGAGGAAUGGUUGUAAGGAAUAGGGGGGCAGAAAGGGGGAGAGGUGGGGGGCUUUUGGGGUGCAAGAAUGUGAAAUCGGUGGACGAGAAAUCGCAAGAAAUUAGAACCAAGACAAGUUUGUUGGAUUUCGAUUUGGAUAUAAAUUUAUUUGGGAAAUCACAUUUGCAGGGCAUUAAUAGGAUGAAAAUAGACCAUAUAGACAUAAAGCCACCGUACACUAAACAUCCUUAAUUAGCUACUUACCACUUUUGGGAAUUCGAUCGAUCAUGCAUUCUUGGGACCUAUAUAUAUAUAUAUAUAUAGUUUUGUAUAUAUAAUCAAAUUAUAUGAGUUUUCGUUCUAUAGUUAGAAUGUAUUUGUUCAGUCUUUAUGUUUAGUUUUAGGUGUAUAUAAUGUAAUGUACGAAAAAUUAUGAAUAUAUUAUAGAAGAUAACAUUUUACAUGUUU